CUGUAGUGGGGGAACAUCCCACAAACUGAAUAGCCCAUGCCAAACAAUCAAGAUUCAAAGUAAGUGCAACAUAACAAAAAGCAAUCCAGUCCUUGAGGAUUUAUUAACGUGCAACUGAAAGAAGAUCAGAGGGAGAUCUAAUCUGACGGAGUGCUUACACGCAAAAUGGAGAACCCGCUGGUUUUAUCCUCUCAGCUCAACUCGGCAUCAAGAGUGAAAACUCUCUGUAAAAUCAUGAAAUCCUUGAAUAGAGAAGGGGCAAAGCCAGACUCAGGAAACAGAUCUCUUGAAAAAAGGAACCGGCUAAGUCUCUUGCAUAAGUCUGAAUUGCACCCAAAUAUGAAUUUUGACAAAUUUGAACAACUAGCAAAAGCAUCAAGUGAGUCCCCUGAAACUGUAAAAAAAUGGGCUGAAUCUUUUGACCAGCUGAUUUCUCACAAAGCUGGCUUAGAUGCAUUCAUCAGGUUUUUGCGAAGUGAGUUUAGUGAAGAGAACAUUGAGUUCUGGAUGGCAUGUGAAGAGUAUAAGAAAAGCAAAGAUGCCUCCCAACUUCCACUCAAAGCAAAGAUAAUUUAUGAGACAUUCAUUGAAAGAGAAUCACCAAAAGAGGUCAACCUUGAUUUUAAUACCAAAGUCUCUGUAAAUCAGAAUAUGGCUCAUCCAACGCGCAACACAUUUGAUGCUGCACAGAACAAAAUUUAUGCCCUGAUGGAACAAGACAGUUAUCCGCGCUUCUUAAAGUCUAACCUUUACUUAGAUUUACUCCAUGGCAGACCUUUAGGCUGUUCAGCUCUUCGACGGAGAUCACGUUCUUUUACCUUCAAUGACUUCAAAGAUGCCCAGCCAGAUUUUGCUGUCUGGCUGUAAAAGUUAAUUUCUCUUUGACCCCAUCUUCAUGCCAAUGAAGGGGCAUCAUUAUUGCCUCAAAUAGUUUAGAUGAGGGAAGUUAUCAUAGAACUCACAGAAUUGUUUCCAUUUUAUUUUUAUAUUGUUUACUUGAUGAUCAAAUCCAAAGGUUUCAGUUUCAUUUAUUGCAUGGAUAGCCAAUAUGUUUAUUAUUCUCAGAUUCUCUCUAUAAAAUUAGGCCUUUCUGAACUGCAAAAAUUUGGAUGACUAUUAAACAGAACAAAGUUAGUUUUAUAUCUCUUCACUGCCAUCUAGUGAUCAUCUUUAUUUCUGCAAUUCAUGUAGAGUAGACCUAAUAUUGUGAAGGUCAAGUCCCUAAUAAACAGUACCCACAUUUAACAAUAAUGGCUAUGGACACGCAUAGUCAUAAAUAGAAAUAUGUUUAUUGAGUACAAAACCCAAAUACAAUAUGUGACAUUAAAGCAGGGAAAUCCUGCCUCUUACCGUGUGGGAAUGAUUUUUGUAAGAACAUCAGAUAGCAUUAUUCAUCAAGCAUUAGAGCUAUUCGUUUGCUUUCUUUAUAUUCUAUGAAGCCAUAUAUCACAUUCUGAGACAUGGUAAAGUGUGAAAAUAUUCAUGUUCAACAUUAUGUUUCCUAAUGUGAAAGUGUGAACAGAUACAUUCAACAAUUUAGAAAGAAUAAACACAUCGUCAGAAGUUUGGUUUUAAAUGUGACCUAGAAAAACGUUGAAUAAAUUGAGGAACAAGAAGUAGAUAUGCCUAGGAUAAACUCUUUAGAAAUUCAGUUCGGUGUAAUCAGGCCAGAACCUGAAAGACCACAAGUUCUAAUCGUGCUGAAGCAUGAAACCUGUUGGGUAACCUGGGACCAGUCACUGCCUCUCAGCUCUAGGAAGCAGGCAACAGUAAACCGUGUCUGAAAACCUUCCCAAGAAACCUGGAGGGACCUAUCCAGGCAGUUGUCAGGAGUCAAUACUGACUUGAAGGUAUGCACACAACCAAAAACAAUAAAUCUUAUAAAAUGUAGGGGAAUUGGUGCCUGAUUAAAUCUUCUUAGGAUAGUGUAAUUAAAAAACAAAGAGGACACAAAAUUGUGAUAUUUUCCUUUUCCUGUGAAACCACAAUCAGAAAUCUUUUUUGACAUAGGUAAAAAAUUGUAAGAGAGGAUCGAUAAUUCAGAAAAAAAAAAGAAUACUUAAAAGCUGUUCAAACCUGCUGUCAAGGUCUAACUGGUUACAACCUAGUAUUUCAUAAAGUACAAGUGAUUGGUGGCCAUGGGAACUGGGUACUUAAGACAACUCUUUGUUAUAAUUAGGCCAUUUUGAGAAACCUCUGAUGAGGAGUAACAGAAUAAACUAACCUAGGAUAUGCAAUGUUCCUCUCCCAAGGAUAUCCCUAAAGAUAAUCCAUAUAACUGUAUGUGUGAUGAAAGAAUGUAUACAAAGGCAGAGAAAGUGAUGUGGAAUGUCGAGUUUGGGAAUUCUGUAAGAAUCUUCCUUAAAAUCUUAUGCAGGGUACUGUACUUUAGUUUUCUGUUAAAAACUGUACCAUUUGUAUGUUCAGUCUGUAAAUUUGUACCAUUUGUAAAUAAAGCACAGUGUAACAAUA